AGACGCACAUUUUCUCCAUUUCUUCUCUCUCUCAACAGGAACAACGAAAACCUCGCCUCUCCGCUCCGUCGGCAUUACAGGCGGCGAUCUCAUCUUCCUCUCCUUUGAAGCCGAUUCUGUAAAGUAGUUCUUUGAGAUAACGGUAACGACUGUGAGACUCUUUUGAUUAGUGUGAGGGUGACCUAUCAGCGCCGAUGUCAAUGAAUAUGGAAAGCUCCACUUCUCAAUUUCCAGUGUCUCAACUCAAUUUCUCUCGGGAAAUCAAUGGGAAUGAAACGGAGAUUAUUAUUUCGAGAUACGAAGAUCAUUUUCUGGUUAUUGCUACCCAAAUAGGAACCAUGGGGACAAUAGUGUAUGCCAGAAAGGAAGAAGGGGUGUCCAUCAAUCCAACAUUCAACGUUUCUGUUAUAUUUGGCAAACGGGAUGAGCCAAUGUUAGUAGCAUGUGCACGUCAGCUGAUUGAGCAAAUGAGUUUGUCUGGCUCCUCCAGGCCAUUGGUCCUCUCGCUUGGUCUUAAAGACCAUUCGGUGGAGACGUUGAAAGGCAUUGUUUCUGCUGUGACGGACAAUAGCAUCUGAUACUAUAAGUGUAGAGAGACAAUGUUGAACUAAUGACCGGAGUAGGAAACGGGAGAGAAAAAAAUAGAAUUUUUAAGAUCACAAUCUUCAUAUUGGUUUCAUGUUUUCAAAUUAAAAACGUUUAAUUGCCUCCCCAUUCAAUAUGUCAUUAAAUUACAUGUCAUUGUUAAAAUGGGAGAAAUAAAAGGAUGUUAAUUUGAAUUGUCUUUUGUUUGAAUUAAGUAGAAAACACCGGGAGAUUGAGAGAAAUUCAAAUGUUCAUUCUUCUAUAAAUUUGAUCUUAUCUGUUUUAAAAUUGGACAGUUAUCUGAAACACUGAAUCAAGUCAGUGGUUGAACUAAGGUAAAUUGAUGUAUGUAAAAUUAUUAUAAUAUUAUCAGUAUCUAGUAUUCUUUUAUUUACUAUUUUUGAAUAAAUGAGAAUGAGGAUGAAAUGCUGAUUUGAGCUGAUAGAUAGGAGGGGAAUAAUAUUGAAAAUUUGGUCAUUAACCAUAUUAUCUGCCAAUUCCUGUAAAUAGUGGUGCAAUUAUCAUUGUCAGUACAAUACAAAUAUUUAGUAGUUUUUAGCUCUCGUCU